AUGCCGAUGACCUUCUUCACCAGCAAGACGACGCCUCUGUAUUCCAAACAAUGGACGCCCGACACCACCGGGCAGUAUGCCGGGACGUGCAUCUUCCUCAUCUUCCUGGCGACUAUCUUCCGCGGCCUGCUCGCCUUCAAGGCAGUAAAGGAGAACGCCUGGUUCGACGCCGAGUUCAACCGGCGCUACGUCAAGGUCGCCGGCAAGCCCACCAAGAGCGAGAGCAUCUCGAAGGAUCCCGAUAGCAAGCGCAUGGUGCUGACGGAGAACGGCGUCGAGGAGGACGUGAUGGUCGUGAAGAAGCGGGACAUGGACGCGCGACCCUGGCGCAUCACGACCGACCCACUGCGCGCUGCCAUGGAUACCGUCAUUGCUGGUGUUGGCUAUCUCCUCAUGCUGGCGGUCAUGACGAUGAAUGUCGGAUACUUCCUCUCGGUCCUAGGUGGUGUCUUCCUAGGCAGUCUCGCGGUCGGCCGAUACAGCACGAGUAAUCAGGUCGUGCACUGA